UGUGUGUAAAGUUGCGGCGCUGCGGUCGACGUCCAGUGUCUUGUCAGUCACAGACACACCAUCAUUGUAAGUCUUCAUCACCAGAGUCAAAGAGCAUCAUGAGGUACAGGGUGGUCACUACUUACCUCAUGUACCUGCUGUUGGUGCCAAGCCUGGCUCAAGAGUUCAGAGCUCGUGUGGUCGGUGGCACAGCGGAGGUGGGACGUCUGGAAAUCUUGUACGAUGGAACUUGGAGCACAGUGUGUGAUGACGAUUUCGGAGAGGAAGAAGCUUUGGUAGCCUGCAGAAUGUUAGGAUUCAACAGCACAACAGCAGCAGCUGUGGGGUCAGGCAAGUACGGAGCAGGCUCUGGUCCUGUUCUGUUUGAUGAAAUGCAGUGUGUGGGCAACGAAACCAGCCUGGCGCAGUGUAAACACUCGGGGCUCUACAUACACGACUGUGAACAUUGGGAGGAUGUCGGCGUUGAGUGCAACCUCAUUAUAAAGACAACUCAACAGUUCAGAGCUCGUGUGGUCGGUGGCACAGCGGAGGCGGGACGUCUGGAAAUCUUUUACGAUGGAGAAUGGAACACAGUGUGUGAUGACAGUUUUGGACAGGAAGAAGCUUUGGUAGCCUGCAGAAUGUUAGGAUUUAACAGCACAACAGCAGUAGCCGUGGGGUCAGCCAAGUACGGACCAGGCUCUGGUCCUAUUCUGUUCGAUGACCUGUGGUGUGUGGGGAACGAAACCAGCCUGACGCUGUGUAAACACUCGGGGCUCUACGCACACAACUGUCAACACUCGGAAAAUGUCGGCGUUGCGUGCAACAUUACUGAGGAGUUGAUAGCUCGUAUAGCUGACGAAGCAGUGGAGUCUGGACGCCUAGAGAUAUUUUAUCAUGGAGAAUGGAACACUGUGUGUGAUGAUGAAUUUGGAAGGGAAGAGGCCCAGGUGGCCUGCAGAAUGUUAGGCUUCAACAGUACUGAAGCAGAAGUAAUGAACUCAGACGACUAUGGCUUAGAUGAAGCAUCAGGUGAAGCAUCAGGUGAAGCUUCUGGUGAACCUUUAGGAGAGAUUAAACUGCACAACCUGCAGUGUAAUGGUACAGAAUCCAGUCUGGCACAUUGUCAACAUAGUGGGAUCUCAACGCACGACUGCUACUACUUGGAGCAAGUCAACAUUAUGUGCAACACGGAUCAGAUCCUAACUCGUGUAGCAGGCGGUACUUCGGCUGCUGGGCGACUAGAAAUAUUUUACAACAACGAAUGGUCCACAGUGUGUGACGAUGAAUUUGGAAAGGAAGAGGCGCAGGUUGCCUGCAGGAUGCUAGGAUUUAACAGCACUGGAGCAGCAGCUGUUAGUUCAGAGAAGUACGGACACGGUACAGGUCGGAUUCUGCUUCAAAAGAUGGAGUGCAACGGAAACGAAACCAGUCUAGCGAACUGCAAAAAUAAACUUGUUUACAGAAGGGACUGCGAUCACUCGCAUGACGUCGGUGUUGUCUGUAACAUCACAGCACGUCUGGUUAACGGGACAUCAGAAGCUGGCGGACUAGAGAUAUCUUUCAACGGCGAGUGGGGAGCAGUGAGUGACAAGGGAUUUGGAAAGAACGAGGCGGAGGUGGCCUGUAGAAUGUUAGGAUUCAACAGUGCUGGAGCAGUUGUCAGCUCAGACCGUUACGGUAAAGGUCCCGGACACGUUCUCCUCCAUGUCACAGAGUGUAAUGGAAUGGAAACCAGUCUGGCUCAGUGCAAAUUUGCACAAUUCUAUCCCAAUGCCACACUUCACUCCAAGGAUGCUGCUGUCGUUUGUAACAUAGCUGAACAGAUUGUUGCACGUUUGGUUAACGGGACGUCGGACGCCGGUCGCCUGGAGAUACUUUUUAAUCGAGAGUGGAGCACAGUCUGUAACGAGGGCUUCGGAAGAAAAGAAGCGCAGGUGGCCUGCAGAAUGCUUGGAUUUAACGGAACAGGGGCAGCAAUUGUGAGCUCUGACAGAUACGGUCAAGGUUCAGGUUACAUUCUGUUCCUCACGAUAAAGUGCAAUGGAACGGAAGUCAACCUGGCACAAUGCAGUCAUCCGCUCUUCUACACCAGCGGCUGCGAUCACUUGCAGGAUGUCAGCCUUGAGUGCAACAUCAGUCGUGUAAAACUGCGUUUAACUGGAAAGCGUCGCACCAGAUUUGACAUGGGUGGUGUGGAAAUAGAGAUUGGAGGAAAGCUGCAAACAAUAUGUAUCUCCGACGAUAAAGUCGCGGCAGUUAUCUGCAGACAGCUCGGCUUACCAUCACGUUCAGCAGCAUUCACCGAAAGAUGGUCAUUUGGAUCCAGACGUGGCAAUCAAUUGAUGACAAAUUUUACGUGCAAAGGCGACGAAAACAGCAUCUCGGACUGCGACCAGAGUUUAUUUAGUAACGGAAGUUCCUGUGACUUUGGCGUCGACUGCAGGGAAUCUCGUUCUCUGUUCAUUGUUCCGGACAGAGAUGAAUAUCCGUUGAUAGAGAAAAGUAGUAAAAUGCUAAUAUGUGGCAUUUCGUAUUUACAUGGACGUGCACCCGAAUACACAUGGGUAGAGACCGCCGGUGGUCGACCCUCUGGAUAUAUCCUAAGGUUUGACAGCCUGACAAGGAAGCACAAUGGAAGCAAAGUAAGGUGUACGGCAAGCUAUGACAAGGAUGGUGUCAAGCAUAGCCUGUCUAGUGACACCCUGGUAUUGCAGAUUUACUAUACGGAUAUCAAGGUAACACGAAAUGUGACUACUCUAGAGGCCAACCAGGAUCAGUUAGAAAUCAACCCUGGAGAGAAUGUUACAUUUUGGUGUAAAGCUGACAGCUACCCUCCUCCCGCGUCCAUCACGUGGUCUGGAAGUGUGAACAGCACGACUGGGGAGUUACGGAUCAUAGCGGCAGACCACGUGACACACAGCGGUGUGUACACCUGUACCGUCGUCACUGAAGCUGUUCAGGAUGACGACCGUCUUCCACUCAAGUCAUCGUACUUGCUAACCCUAACUGUUAAAGGUGGCUUUGUCUGCAUUUGUGUUGAAUAUUUACAAAAAUAUGUUUAUGUAAGUCAGUUUUCAAAGCACAUGCACAAAAUUGCAUAAUUCCCACUUUCAUGUUGUAAAUAACCGUCCGACAUACCGACUACGUUUACGCGAAAGCGGAUGUAAACCAGCCCUCGUCACACUGAAAAAACAAGUUCGGUUUAAGAAGUCGGAUUAAACAAAGGUGAGUCAGUCUCAUUCGCACUCAAAAACUGUGCAUGGGUGUUGAACAAAUCUGGAAUUAUAUAUUUAAAUGUAUUUUAUACACCAGUAAUAUAUAUCUUGUAAAUCUUAACGAGAACAUCUACAACACAGGUCUUUGGGGUAUUAUAGCAACAUUUUAUUGGAAUCGUGUUUGUGUUGACUUAGAUUUAGAGUUUGCUUGUACGAUAACAGUAUUUAUAUUUGUGCAGGUUGCUGUUGCUGGAGUUAUCUCCGGGUUUAGUGGUAAGGGUUCUUGUCUUAAAAUGAAGUCAAAUUGUGUAUUUACAGCAAGCCGAUGGUAUGUAAAUAUAGGUUCACUUUUAGAAAGACAGAUUGCCAAAGAAUUUUUCUUGUAAAUUUUACAAACUUUGUCUUUUGCCCUUUUGCUGCUCAUGAGGGUUGAACUAAACAUAUUCAACCGCCAAUAAGAAGUUUGUCACAGAAGUUUUAAGCAGAACGGUGACAACAGAAGUAGGCAUGAGAAGGUUAGUUCAGUCUCUUAAAUUAACCAGCUACGUGUUACUUUGUUGUUCUCCACGAUGGCCUCUGUCAAAACACAGUCUUUGAAUAAUGUGUCAGAUGUCUGCCAUGCCGCUAAUGUCAAACUUACAUUUUUAGAUGCUGCCUUAUUACUUUUUCGUCGCUGUUUACAUUAAAAUCAUUUAAUUUGUCUCUAUUGGUCGCCACCUGAUUGACAUCUGAUUUGUCCGAAAGAGAAUGUAGACUAAGGUCGCUGCUGCUCGUUUAAACCAAAGACGUUUGCUCUUCUCCUUGUCGUCCUUCUCCAUAGCGGUUAAAGGGAAAUAACUCAUAGUGGAACAAUUUUUAAAGAUUCAG